AUGAUAACAAAUCACCCCUCUUAUCCCAUCAAGGAAAUAGAUAAGUACUAUUUACAUACCAAAUUACCUGAAUAUUAAACAAUUCCAAUCAACACCCAUCAGAAAAAGAAUCAUGAUUAUUAUAAUGAUAACACCCAUAUUUGGAACAAUCCUCAUCAGGCUAAGUCUAAUGCCAAAAUAUUCACCUAACUCAAGGAACAAUAAAAACGAGGCGAAAAGAGAAUAAAGAAGAUGUUGGAACUCUAAUAGCAAGACAAAAUGGAGUUGUAGAAGAACAAAAUCAUUUAUUAUAAUUUGGCAAGAGACGAAGAUUUGAACAGGCUACAACAAAGGAAAAUGGAAAGAGGAAGUCUGCAGAACCUGAGUUAAUAGCAAAAUGAUGUCCAAGUUGAGAAUAUCGUUCUGAAACCUAUCUUCUCUAGAACUGCACUUCUGGGUAGGCCUGAUCACCUAUGGAACAAAUUAAACCAGCAAUCUUAAAAAUAUAUCAAUAUCCUUAUCAAUCCUAGGAUACUUAAAAUGGAGGAACAAGGAGUUAAGUCUAUAAGUGAUAAAAUUAGUAAAGACUUUUAAGUCGAAUAGAUUAAAGAAGAUUUGAGACUUAAAAACAUGGAUUAAAUUAAACAACAAAGCACUCGAAGAAGAAUUCUCAAUCUAGAAUUAGAAUAAAAAAGUGGAAUCUCUCCCUCAAGGUAAAGUCUCCAAAGAGUAACCACAGCUUUAACCAGACAAUCUAAAGAUGUCAUUGAAUCCACACUUCAAUAACUUGAAAAAUAGCAAUAAUCUUAGACUUUGUAAUAAUUUCAAAAUCAAAUUCUUACAUCCUCACAACAGAACAAUCACACCAGCAGACCAUAUACUGUUGGCAGUGUACUCAACUAGGAAUUCAAUUCUGUCUCGUUUAAUAAUGGUUUAACUAUCAAAAAUGAGCAAACCUAAAUAUAGUCUACCAAUCAACCCUAGACUACUCCCAUGUUAAUGUUAAGUAGUUAAUAAUCUAAAUCUACAUAUGCUUUAUCCCAUAAGCAUCCACUCGAUAGGACUGAAUAUAAAGGUUUAUUGCUAGCCCAAGCUGUUGAGUAAGCAGAAAGUACUUUUAGCAAAACCUUAUAAGCCAAUAGUUCGUUGUUAAAAGAAACAUCAAUAUAUUUAAAUAAAAGUAGAUAAUAGAUGAAUCCUAAAAAGAGAAGGUAGAUUAAAUGUAGCAACUUAAUAAACAGCUAAAAGUAGAAUGAUUCAAAUGAUAUAAAAAAUGUUAAUAAUAUGUUAGAUAGUUUUGAACGAAAACUAUAUAGAUCUCGUAAUUUUGAUGAGGAUGGAAUCUGA